AUGGCGUCAAACCUCGUCCGGAUCCCUUUUCCCCAGCUGAGACGCGUUGAUGGUACUCUCGACCUAGACCUUCCCAAUGACAUAGUUUCGGCGGUCCGCCCGUCCAGCCUCCAUACUGCCCUGCAGUGGCUCCGCAAGAACUACCCGCUCGACGAGGAUGCUGCGAUCCUUGCACGCAUUGAACGAGAAGAGCAGGAGGAAGAACGGAAGCUUAUCCAACGCGCCGAAGACCUUGGCCUGUACAAACCUCAAAGCGGUUCUUACGGAGCCGAGCUGGGAGAAUCGAAUAACCCCUAUGGCCGGAGUAUCCUAGAGGAGACCAGGCAGCAGAAUGAGGCCCAGAUCCUCGCCGAGGAAGAAAAGCGGCGUCAAGAAUGGCUUGAAGGUGAGCAACGGGAUCGCGAGAAGCUCCAACGCAUGGUAGAAAAGAAUACAGCGCUACAAAAGUAUGAAGAGACGGCCGCCUUGGAAGUUCGGGAGCGCGCUGAUCCUGCUCAACGUCCUUUCCUCGCCUGGAUACAGAAACACCACCUGCGAGCAACAGAGAUGGAUCUAGACGUUUCUCAGAUCUCGACCAGAAGGCGGUUACUUCCGUCUCUUGCUACCACCAUUGUUGUCCUUGGCCUCUGCUAUGUCUUUGCAGAGAACUACGAACCCCCAGCUAAAUCAGACCGGAUGUGGCCCACGGUGCCUCCGGCAGCUGCUACCGUUCUAGCUAUUAUGGGUGCUAACGUCGGCGUAUUUGCUAUGUGGCGCUUCUGGCCUCCGGCCUGGAGGAUGCUCAAUCGCUAUUUCAUUACCGUUUUCGGCGCCCCCCGUGUGUCUAGCUUGCUUGGAAAUAUUUUCAGCCAUCAGACGUUCCCCCAUCUUGGAUUCAACAUGCUGAGCUUGUGGGUUGUGGGAACUCGACUCCAUGAUGAUAUUGGCCGAGGAAAUUUCCUGGCCUUCUAUAUGGCAUCAGGUGUUUUCGCUUCUUUUUGCUCGUUGACGGUCAAUGUCCUCAAAGGAAAACUAAUGCUCAGUGCUCUUGGAGCUAGCGGAGCAAUCGCAGGCAUCGUAGGUGCUUUUUGCAACCUUCAUUCCGACGACAAACUCACCAUCCCUUUCCUUCCCGCAGAAUGGAGAGAUGUCAUAUGCGUUAGUGGAUCCACGGUUCUUGCUAUCAUUGUUAUUAUGGAGCUCGCCGACUUAGCAUUUCCAACAUUUGGGAAGCGAGUGGACCACUGGGCUCAUCUGAGCGGAUAUCUUUUUGGAACACUAUGGGCUACGGUAUACAAAAGGCAGGAAAAGGAGCGACGUACGAAAAAGUCCUGGUUUGAGCGGACAUUUCAGAAUGGUUGA